AGGAAACUGUUUCUUGUCGGACAAGUUGAGCGGUUGCACCCUAUUCCUAAAAUCAACAUGGCGUCUGGGUACAUGCUAUUUCGUGGUUCUGUGACAUUUGGAAUUCACUGUCAGAGUAUUUGUAGAAGCGUAUCAUUAUCACAGGUUAGAGAGAUGAAACGAUGGAUGAAAGCGUACACAUACCUCAUGGCAAAGAAGUUAAAGCUCGAGGGACCUCCGCCACCGACGCCACGAUCUCAAAAGCCUAACUGGGAUUACCAUGCUGAAGUUCAAGCUUUCAGCACCCGCCUCCAUGAAAAUUUCUCCCUGGAGCUACUGAAAACAGCCUUUGUCAAUCCAUGUUACUUGGAAGCAGAACAACAGAGGAGACAGGGGUUAGGAGUGGACACUGGGAUUGCCGCUCUUGUCCUGAAAGAUAACAGUCAACUGAGUGAAAAGGGAGAUAGUUUUACCAAAAGCUUCCUCAAUGAGUGGUGCAGGGCGAACUUCCCGAAUCUGCCAACUGAAGGGGUGGAGAGUAUUGUAGGGUACCUCACCAGUACAGUAGUUGUGACUUAUGUAGCAAGAAAUCUUGGUAUCGAGGAUCUUGCCAUGAGUGCCGAAUGCCCUGUUCCUGAUCAUGUGCUCUAUUCCACAUUCAUGGCGGUAAUUGGAGCUCUACAGGAGAGCAGUGGAGCAGACCGAGCAGGAUUCUUUCUUAGGGAUUUUGUGAUCACUCAGCUUAUAGGAAAGGACUUGUUUGAUAUGUGGACAGUGGUCAAUCCCAUGGGACUACUGGUGGAUGAGCUUACUAAGAGAAACAUUCCUCUGCCAGAGCCUCGACUAAUCAGGUCUGCUGGAGCCAGUACAGUUCUGCCACUGUACUUUGUUGGCUUGUACAGUGAAAAGAAACUUCUUGCACAGGGACCAGGAGAGACACUUAUAGCAGCCGAGCAAGAGGCAGCAUACGUAGCACUUCGAAGACUUUAUGGCUUCACUGAGAAUCGCAGACCCUUUGACUUCUCUCCACAACAGCAGCAUCAGCAGACAUUAACUCAGUCAGUCAGCAGCAAUUAAUAAAGUUACAACUUCACUGCUUCAAUGUGAAAUGAUUUAUAGAAGAUGAAUCAGACAAGACAGUGGCAUGUUCCUGGUCAAGAUCUUGUGAAAAUGAUUUCCUCAGUACAGAUCAUACAGCUAAUGGAUUGUUGGGACAAGGUAAAAAUGUAAUUUCCCCAUGCAAGAGAAAAUAAAAUUAUCAAAAUAAUCUGAUUUGAGCUGUUUGUCAGUCUAAAAAAAUAUAUCAAGCCCACUUGCCCUCCAGUUUAUGACGACUAAUAAUCAGAUUCAGAAGUGCAUGGUAGUCGUUGUAAUGUCUGGGUGUUCAUGUAAAUAAUAAAGUUGCCAUUUGGUUUGCGCUAUUCUUUUAUAACAUGUUUUUACGUAAUAAAAAGCAACGCAAGUACAUCAUGA